CUGACCCGAGCGCGCCGGUCACGUGAUCCGCUCCCAUCGUCGCCAUCUUGACGCGGCGACCGCGGGCACGGGGAAUCGUUAAUUCUUUGGCGUUCAAGAAGCAGCUCUAAUCAUCCUACUAAAAUUCGGAGCCUGCGGCAGCGAGUACAAAGCUGCCCUGACCAGGAGCCACCGGACACCUCCACGCCAUCGGGACUGAGAGCAUCCCAGUUCAGCGUGGCUGCAGGCGCUCCCUGUGUCCCAUUCCUGACCCAUAGCACAUGUGGCACUGAAACUCUUGGAUGGUCCAUCUAGGAUCUCGCUGUGCUGCUUGCAGAUGAUAAAGGUAUUAUGGAAGAAGGAAGCAGUGUUGCAGUGCUGAUGCCAAAUAUUGGGGAACAGGAAGCUGUGCUGAUCUCUGACGUGGUCAUCAGCCCAGCACUGCAGAACGGUGAAGACCAGAGAAAAUGUAAAACCGAUCCGCUGAUCCAUGUCAUCCAGAAACUAAGCAAAAUUGUUGAAAGCGAGAAGUCACAAAGAUGCCUUUUAAUAGGGAAAAAACGUUCCCAUUCUAAUGCUUCCUCACAGUCCUUUGAUGCAGAUGAUCUUUGUGAAAUCCCAGCUAAAGCAAUUGAGCUCUCAGUUAUUGCUACUAAAAAGACUGAAGAGUUACAAGCAGAUUAUUUUGUGACUGAAUGUCUUCCCCAAAGCCACAAAAAGGUGACAUGCUACCAGUGCAGCCUGUGUAAGUUCUUGUCUCCUUCUCUCCUAAUGCUACAAGAACAUAUAAAACAGCAUUGGCAGAAAAAUGAAGUGAUAUUAAUGUGCUCAGAGUGUCAUUUUGUUUCUAAAAACCAAGAAGAACUUGAAUCCCACUUCCAAAAUCACCAUGAGAAUGAUGGUAAAAAUAGCAUCCAGACCAAAGCGCAGCAAUGUGCGAAUGUUGCGAGUUCGUUUCUGCAGGGGCUAGCGGAAGGAAGUGUCAAAUCAGGGACUGAUCAGACAGGAAAUGUGGAAUGUAAAGAUACAACUCGGUCCACUCAUAAGCCUGAAAUGGGCAGGAGGAAAUGGUACACGUACGAGCAGUACGGCAUGUACCGCUGUUUAAUUUGUCGCUACACCUGUGGGCAGCAAAGAAUGCUGAAGACGCACGCUUGGAAGCACGCAGGUGAGGUGGAUUGCUCCUACCCUAUCUUUGAGGAUGAAAAUGAAAUCACCAGCGUGUCAGAGGCCGUUGUAGCUCGCACACCUCACAGCGUGGAUGCAGUUGUUCUUCCUUUGGAAAACAAUGAACUUGAUAUCCAUAGUGAACCUUCUCUUCACCUUCAGAUUUGCAAUUCUGAGCGACUGUCAUGUAAAUCACCCGAAGGAACAAAUAUAAAAGAGGAAGAGAUGUUAAAUAAGUCCGUAGCGCAUUCUCCUACUCAAGAGGUUUUGGAGGAGACAGUAUCAGUUACAGAACAGGAUAUUACAACAACCGAUAGCUUGCUUUCAUCGGUGCAGAAAAUCAUCAGUUGUAGCCCAAAUAAGAAAGGUCAUGUUAAUGUAAUAGUAGAGCGCUUGCCAGGCGCUGAAGAAAGUGUCUUACAAAAGCCUUUCUUGAUGAGCACUGACAUCAAAACAGGAAAAAAAUUAAUCUCUGAGGAGUCCUGUGGUAACGGUGAAGAACCUGAUGAAGCCUCUCAUCCAGAGGACAUUCAAGAAGUAGUCAUAGGAAGGAAUAAUACAGAGAAGAAAGAUAAUGAAUUAAGCUGCAAUAAAAACCUAACAGCUGAUGAAAAUGUGCCUCCUGCACGAAGAAGGACAAAUUCAGAGUCUUUACGACUACACUCCUUAGCUGCAGAAGCUCUCGUUACGAUGCCAAUCCGAGCUGCAGAACUAACAAAGUCUGGCUCCAGGACCCUGACCAGAGAAGAUGCCGUGGAUGCAAGGGCAGGACAGGGAGGUGCUGAUGGCCUGUGCAUAGCUCAUUCUAAAGUGGUAUCCUCACUUAAGAAUCCUUCGGAGGAGUUUAGUGGCUUAAACCAAAGUGAACGUGCAAUAGUUGAGAUACAGAAAGAAAGGCCAGAGUUAACAGAAGCACCAAUUAAAAUGGGCAUCAGUAUGUCACUGCUCACUGUCAUUGAGAAACUGAAGGAGAGAACAGAUCAGAAUGCAUCUGACGAUGACAUUUUGAAAGAACUGCAAGACAACGCACAAUGCCAAAAUGCAAAUGAUGCGAAUAUUCCUGGAAGUAACCUGGUAGAAUAUAUACCCAACGUGGAUCGGCCCUACCGCUGCCGCCUCUGCCAUUACAGCAGCGGUAACAAGGGGUACAUAAAGCAACACCUGCGAGUCCAUCGGCAGAGGCAGCCAUACCAGUGUCCCAUCUGUGAGCACAUCGCCGGCAACAGCAAGGACUUGGAGAGCCACAUGAUCAACCACUGCAAAACAAGAAUGUAUCAGUGCAAGCAAUGUGAAGAAUCCUUUCAUUAUAAGAGCCAGCUGCGAAAUCAUGAAAGAGAACAACACAGUCUUCCAGAGAUCUUUUCAGCUACAUCAAACAAACUAAUGGUUUCCAAUGACACAGAUGAAAGAGAAGGGAACAAGCCUCCAGUUCAGAAGCUGUAUAGAUGCGAUGUCUGUGACUACACGAGCACAACCUACGUUGGCGUACGAAAUCACAGACGAAUUCAUAACUCCGAUAAGCCAUACAGAUGUCGAGUUUGUGACUUCGCCACCACAAAUAUGAAUAGCUUGAAAUGCCACAUGCGGCGUCACCCCCAGGAGCAUCAGGCAGUGCAGCUAAUGGAACAGUACAAGUGUUCUCUCUGUGGAUAUGUAUGUAGCCAUCCUCCAUCCCUGAAAUCCCACAUGUGGAAACAUGCAAGUGACCAAAAUUAUAACUACGAACAAGUGAACAAGGCUAUUAAUGAUGCGAUUUCGCAAAGCAGCAGGUUUCAAGGACAGCUUCCUGACAAAACCCUAUUAGAAGGCACAGAUGACAGUGCAGUACCUAUGCUAGCAAAUUCAGACAACUUGGUGUCUUUUACAGAGUCUAUUAACCAGACUACAAAUGAGAUUUCAGGUUCUGAUGAAAACGAAAAACCUAACGUGAUGAAUACCUCGUGCAGUUUAGAAAAGAACUCCACUCUGCCCCACUUUGGCACAGAAUACUGUGUUCUGCUCUUCUGCUGCUGCAUUUGUGGGUUCGAGUCUACCAACAAAGAAAAUCUGCUGGAUCAUAUGAAAGAACAUGAGGGUGAAAUCAUAAACAUCAUUCUAAAUAAGGACCACAGCACAACUCAGAACACAAACUAGGUGAAGCAGGAAGUUAAAGAGGGGGUUUCCUAGAGUGAAUGAUUUCUUUUUUUGCUAAUUUUUUCCUGGGAAACUUGCUAAAGAGAAGAACUGUAAACAAAAUGUGAUUUCCUACCCUGAGUCCUUGUUUCAGUAGGAGUACAAUAUUUUAACUGGGGACCGAUGAAUCAUUUAAGAGAUGAAUAUAAUGACCAGGGAAUAGAAUGAUCCAUUUUAACCUGUUCUUUCUCCAUAUGGUGCCAAGAAGGUAGGAUUGUUGGGGUUUUUUUUUUUCCUAAUAUCAGGUACUAGUCAGUAAUAUUAGUACAGUAUGUUAAAACCCAAAGGUGUGAAAGCGUUACAUCCAUUGAAAAGCUUUUUUUUGUUCCUCCCUCAUUGUUUUCCAAGUAUUUCAGCAAAGAAAUUUUUUGCUCUGCUUUUUUCAAACUGGCAACAGACCAGAUUUCAAUUUUACAAUGUGAUCUCAAACCCCAAUGCCUGGAUUCUGGGAGGGGAGAUGGGUUGAGGGUAUGUCCGUGCUUGCAUGCACACAAAGGCAUUUCAUAUUUCCCAGUCUGUUUUUAAGGCCUUAGGAACUCCAAGCCAUCCUUCAGCAAAGACUGUCCUCCUUUCUACUGAUUUAAAGCAGCAGGAGUUGGGGAGCCUGGAAGCAUUUGCUAAUAACUGUCUUAUUGGGUCCUAACUAAAAAACUGCUAUCUUUUGAACUGAUAGUGUGUAAAAGAUCCUAUAUAAUAAUGACCUGCUGUUUGUUAAUGGUUUUCUUGACACAUUCAGCUGAACUAUUUAGAGAAACAAAAACGCUUAUGUCACUUAAUUUGUGGUGAUUACUUUGCAGUGUGUAAGAGCAAUGGUUUUUAAUGAGAACAAGGUAUUAACAAUAGCUGCUGCAAAGAGAUGUAGAUUAAACCCACCCACGUAGAUUCCUAAAGAUGCGGGUGAGCACCAAGUGGGAUUCUGAGAAAAGCCUACAAGCUUUGGAGUUAUUUGCAAUCUCACUGGCUGCCUAAAUUUCCCACUUGUCUGGCAGAGCUGUAACCCUAGAAAUAAUUCAGUGAAAGACAGAGUAAUCUUCCCGUAGAAAAUCAUAUUAAAAAAAAAAUGCAGACAAUAUUUUAAGCAAAAGCUGUAUCCAGUCACUUGUAGAAUAAAUUUGUCUAGUGCAUAUAAUAUGGGUUCAUAAAGUGAAUUAGGGAUUACUUUGUUUUCAGAGAAACACAUAGAAAUCUCUCCCUUUUAAAACUUUUACCUUCUAAAAUUUCAGUGCACUUGUUUGUUUGUUUACACUUUGCAGCAGAAGCCAUUCAUCUGUGUAUCAGUUUGGAAUAUUAUUAUACUGGCUAAUAAGCUGGCGACUUUAUUGAGAUUAUUUAUAAAGUUGGCUACUUAAAUUGUUAGGAGAUGCUGCUGCCUCACUUGAUCAAGGCGUAUUUUUCAAACAAGCCCAUCAGCACCUAGUUUUACCCUCUCUGGUUUGGGCAUGUCUGUUUGCUUUUGAUGGGUGGCCAAGGCACAGAAGCAUGCCUGGUUCCUGACACAGGGAUGGAGGUACCUGAUGUUCAGUAGCUUAUCACUUAAAAAAUUACUUAGUCUUAGAAAAAUCAUAUGUUAUAGUUGCUUCCUGUUUAUACCUCUCUGCCAGCAAAAAUAAGUUCCAGCUGUACACAUAAGGUGUCAUACAUAGUGUGCAGACCAUUGCUGACAAGUGGCAAACAGGAAAAGAAAACAAGUCUUGAUACAAAUUGAUGAAGCAGCCCAAAAGCGAAGGCCAGGGUAAGGCCACUGAGAUUCUAAUUGAUCAUUUUUGUAUUCCAGUUAUUUCCUCCAUUUGACUUGUUCCUUUUGGGUUAAGUAUCUAUUAUUUUGUUUAUAAAUGAGGUAGCAAAAAGUACACAUUUUACUUUAAAAUUGGUCAGGAUAUAACACCAAAGCAUUUUUGUGCCAGAUAUUUCAGGUGUUUCAAAUACACAUGUGAAGUAAAUAUAGAAUAUUUUCAGGUAAAAAUUAUUUUUCAUAUUUUUACAGAUAGGUUUUACAUUUGAAAAACAUUAUUUAUUUACACAAUCUCCAGUUCAAUUACAGAUAGUAAACCUUUAAUGGGAUAUUCAUAAUCUUAUUGACGCCAGUAUACCUUCAGUAUAGAAUUCACGUGAAAGCAGUACAUUAUCUGGACUAUAUCUCAACUUUCUGCUUCAGAGGUCCCAUUUGUUGAAAAAAUUAAAGGUACAGAGAGAUCCAUAGGAACGCUGAACUACCAGUCAGUAUUCACAGGAACAAUAUUUUGCUGCAUUGUUAUUUUUGUGUAAAGGGAUAAUUAUUUUAAAGUUGCUCAACUAGUGGAAGAUAAAAAUGUGGAAAACUUGGUUUCUCAAGCUAAGAGGGAGAUGGCGGUGGACUGAGACUUAGCAAGUAACCUUGAGUCAAAGUGAAUAGUUCUGGUGUGUACCAGCUGUGUAUGCAGUAGGACUCACCAUAAUGGGAUGAGUAAGGCGGAUGCUUCCAUUCACAAGCUGGUUUUUGCCUCCUUGUUGCUUUUUUCUUUUUGACCAUGUUUUCCUGUAAAGUAGCAGAAAGUCAGUGGCCUCUCCAAACUGUUACCAAUUCGAACAAAAGGAACAAAUCACACUCAGAGGUUUGGGUUUACCUGUCCCCGUGCUGCUUGCCAUUAGGUACCCACUCACAUUUCCAUGGGCUCUACGAAGAGUUUUGCAUGUGAAGUAAUUCUAGGCUUCGUUUUUCUGAAAGCAAAUUAUUCCUCAGGUUAUCUGCUUUAGGAAGUGUAUAGUUGGCUUGGUUGCGUGUUGUGUAAGGGGUUUGAGGCAUAUUUCACAGUCACCAAUGCUGCAGUCUUCCCCUUUAUUUAAGCUUUUCUGUCACAGCACUAUCAGAUGAUUCACUUGCUGUUUGUUUAAAUUAGGUUUUAUUCUGUGACAUGAACUGUACCACGUAGUUUUGUUUUAAAUGCCUGUACUUCCACUGAAGAGAGAACUUCCUUCAUGCUAGACCAUACUGAUAAAUAGGCGCACAUUUCAUCUUUCUGAUUUAUGCUUGGUCUGGAAAAACAGAGUGAGAUUCAGUCAGAAUUAUUGUAUUUUCCUCUUUCAGAAGCACUUAUUUAAUCAUUUUUUAAAAUGUACAGUUGGUGCUCAAAGUAACAUUUGUUAAGAUAUAUUUAAUAGAAAUUUACAUUUGCAUUUGAUAUUCAUGGACAUGGGUACAUGUAUUUUUUUAAGAAGAGGUAUUGUAACACUAUGGCACUGCUAUAGCCAAAGUAUAAAAGAUGUAGAAAACUGACAUGUAAAGACUGCGGUUAAUUCUGUAUCUUAUUAAAUAGAAUGAGUUUCAUUUUAUAAAAUUACCCAGCACAUUAAGCUGCAUGCCUUAAGCUCUCUCUAGGAUCAUGUUCCUGAUAGACGACUGUUCAGAACGAUGAAGCAAAGUCUGUAGUCCUACUUUAACUACCUUCUGAGAUACUGUACAAUGGUAGAAUAAUUUAUUUUGCUUUACAGGAGUUUGUCACGUAUUGACUUUAAUAUUGUAUUUUGGUAAU